CAGUUGACAAACGUCAUCAUUUCCGUUUUCAGUAUUCUCCAUACGAUGCCACUGUUCUUGAAGCAGGAAGACAAGCUGCCGUUCACCGGUGAUUACAGGCAACUCAUACAGAAUGAAGACAUUAAGACAGCAGCUGCUGCAUUCACAUCUCAUCAACUCCAGCAACCUGCAGUCAAUGUUCUCUACGUUGCACAAAGAGAAAUGGCCACAGUGAACCCAAUGAGCGAUGCAGUUCAAAUACUUGGAUCGGACGAUGCCACAACAUGUCAUAUUGCAGUGGUUAGGCACAUAGCUACGAGGGUGACGACGUUGAGUCAUCUUGAUGGUAGUCGAGUGGCUGAUUGUGUUGCGAAGAUGGUGGAAUCGUGUGGCGAUGAAGCUGAGCGAAUAUUGGGUGGCACUGACAGAAAAUUUGAUGUCUUUUUGGUCGGAGGCUUUGACGAUGAGAGACACACAUCUGUUGGUCUCAGCAACGAAACACUAAGAGCACUGCAGAGUCAGCCUCACCAUCUCAUAUUGAAUCUGGCUUGUAUUACAGGUCUGAAUGAUCGAAUGGAUGGCAGAUAUCACAAACCGAUUGUUUAUGGAAUUGGUGUUGAUAUCCAGACUGGAGACAUCUUUCCAGCUUCGUUCACUGACAAGGGUCCAGAUGAAGCUCUUCGAUCAGCUCGGAUAUUCUCAAACAAUGAGGAGACGAUGUCGAUUUACAAUCCUUCCACUUGCGAGAUCACCAUCCCUCCGUUCGACUACACGGACUUCCCAGGAGGCGACACAUGGCUCCACCUGCCCGACAGUGUUAUCCUCCAGAACCUCUCAACGUCUCCCCACGCCGAGCCACCCCACUUUGUCUCAUCAGUCAAAGCCACAAUUCGCUACAUGGGCAAACACCCACGACCACGUGAGACAAUUUUUCUCAACCGGCCUCGUCGCUACCGACGCAGUCCACACACAAACGAAUGGACGCUACAAGAAGGAUGAAACCGAGAGCAAAAACCGAAACGAUUUGAACGUUUUAGCAGUAAAAAUAUGAUUCCAUUCUUAGCUUUAAGAAAACACAAUCCCUCUUGCAAUACAUAGAGUGCACAUCAAGGGACAAACAAUCAGCUACAGCAAA